UUUUGCCCUAAAACCAUAACUCUCUUAGCUAUCUCACGCAGCGACUUCUUCCUUCCUUUCUCCAUCUGUGUCGACAAUGGCGUACACUGCGAUGAAGCCGAUUAAGCAAGGGUUGGAGGACCCCCAGGAGCAGAUUCACAAGAUAAGGAUCACGCUUUCCUCCAAGCACGUCAAAAAUCUCGAAAAGGUUUGUGCGGACUUGGUUCGCGGUGCCAAGGAUAAGCGUCUCAGGGUUAAGGGACCCGUCAGAAUGCCCACUAAGGUUCUUCACAUUACUACCAGGAAGUCCCCUUGUGGUGAAGGUACCAACACAUGGGACAGAUUUGAACUCCGUGUUCACAAGAGAGUCAUUGAUCUCUACAGUUCCCCAGAUGUGGUUAAGCAGAUUACCUCUAUCACGAUUGAACCUGGUGUGGAGGUUGAGGUUACCAUUGCAGAUGCUUGAUCAUAUCCAUAUUUUAACUUUUUGCUAUGCUUCAUAUUUUUUUUUCUUAUGUAUCUGUAAGUUUUGAUUGGGGACUAAGUUAGUUGUUUUCUCUAGUGUUACGGUUGUGAACUGAUGAAUACACGAGAAAUGUUAUGCUUCAUAUAUGUUAGAAUGUUUGGAUUUUAUCAUAGAUCACAAAUAAUUUGUUGUGUACUCAGCUAACAUUAUAUCUUGAUAAUUGCUUUUA